GAAAAAGACAACUCAUACCCCCCCCCUUAGACCAACCAUCACACCCCCGAAACCCAUGCCUGCGUCGUCCGGAACCCCGAUAAACGUCAAGGUGGUUGCCGCCGAGUCACUCUACAAGCGGGAUGUGUUCAGACAACCCGACCCGUUUGCCGUGAUAACCGUGGAUGGCUCACAAACCAAAACAACAAAGACCGCGAAAAAGACGUUGAACCCGUACUGGAACGAGUCGUUCAACUUCAGUGCCAUGGAGGACUCCAUCUUGGUGAUCCAGGUGUUUGACCAGAAGAAGUUCAAGAAGAAGGACCAGGGCUUUCUUGGCGUGGUCAACGUGAGAAUUGGUGACGUGAUUGAUUUGUCCUUGCUGACCAGUGAGGAGACCAUCACAAGAGAUUUGAAGAAGCUGAAUGAGAACUUGGCUGUCAGUGGGAAGAUCAUUGUGGUGAUCAGUCAUAGAGCUGCCAACACCAGCACUUCCGGCGUGGCUGGUUCUGGCCUGGCCUCCGGUGCUAUCUCUGGUAGUACUGGCGCCCCUAGCGCCUCCACUCCCAGCACUGCUGGUGCUGGCCUUGCCCCACCCAUAGGUGCUCCAUCGGCCGACGGCUCUGCCGCCGGUGCCGCCGCGGGGGCCCGUCAAUACUCCUCCUUUGAAGACCAAUACGGCCGGUUGCCCCCUGGAUGGGAACGUCGAACCGACAACUUUGGCAGAACCUAUUAUGUAGACCAUAACUCAAGAACAACCACCUGGCAACGUCCCACCUUGGACCAGAGUGAGAGCGAACGUGGUCAGCAACGGAUCAACGCCACCGAGGCCGAAAGAAGACAACAUCGUGGCAGAACCCUCCCGGGUGAGGGUCCUCAGUCACCCAACGUAACCGGUGGUCCAGGCUUGUCGGUGCCAGGUACUGCUGGCUCUGCUGGUGCUGCUUCUGGUGCUGCUGGCUCCAGUUCCUUGGCUGGCAACUCUGUCACCUCGGGGAACGUCACGGUGAACUCCACCGGGGCAAACACCCCAGUGUCUCCUGGAGCCGCCGUUUCCAUGGCCGCCAGUGGCGCCACCACCACGGGGCUUGGAGAAUUGCCCUCAGGAUGGGAACAACGGUUCACCAACGAAGGAAGACCAUACUUUGUAGACCACAACACCCGUACCACCACCUGGGUCGACCCCAGAAGACAACAGUACAUCCGUACCUUUGGCCCCAACCAUACCAUCCAACAACAACCAGUCUCACAAUUGGGCCCACUUCCUUCGGGCUGGGAAAUGAGACUCACCAACACCGCAAGAGUGUACUUUGUUGACCAUAACACGAAAACCACCACCUGGGAUGACCCAAGACUCCCCUCAUCACUCGACCAGAACGUGCCCCAGUACAAGAGAGACUUUAGACGGAAGGUGAUUUACUUCCGGUCGCAACCAGCGUUACGGAUCUUGCCCGGACAAUGCCACAUCAAGGUGAGAAGAGAUCAUAUCUUUGAAGACUCUUAUCAAGAAAUCAUGAGACAAACACCUGAAGACUUGAAGAAACGAUUGAUGAUCAAGUUUGAUGGGGAAGAAGGUUUGGAUUAUGGUGGGGUCUCAAGAGAAUUCUUCUUCUUGCUCUCACAUGACAUGUUCAACCCAUUCUAUUGUUUGUUCGAGUACUCUUCCCAUGACAAUUACACGUUACAAAUCAACCCUAACUCUGGAAUCAACCCAGAACAUUUGAAUUACUUCAAGUUCAUUGGUAGAGUCGUUGGGUUGGGUGUUUUCCAUAGAAGAUUCUUGGAUGCAUUCUUUGUUGGGGCAUUGUACAAGAUGAUGCUUCAUAAGAAGGUUGUUCUACAAGACAUGGAAGGGGUGGAUGCCGAAUUCUACCGGUCCUUGAAAUGGAUCUGUGAUAACGAUAUCACCGACGUCUUGGACUUGACAUUCUCUGCAGAAGACGAAAGAUUUGGAGAAAUCGUAGAGGUUGACUUGAAAGAAGGAGGAAGAGACAUUGAAGUCACCGAGGAAAACAAACAUGAAUACGUGGAAUUGAUUUCCGAAUGGAAGAUCAGUAGAAGAGUCGAUGAACAAUUCAAGGCAUUCAUCGAUGGGUUCAACGAAUUGAUCCCACAAGAAUUGGUCAAUGUCUUUGACGAAAGAGAGUUGGAAUUGUUGAUUGGAGGAUUGGCCGAAAUCGACGUCGAAGAUUGGAAAAAGCACACCGAUUACAGAGGAUAUCAAGAAAAUGACCAGGUGAUCCAAUGGUUCUGGAAAUGUAUCAAGGAAUGGGAUUCGGAACAAAAGGCCAGAUUGUUGCAAUUCACCACCGGUACCUCGCGUAUCCCCGUCAACGGGUUCAAGGACUUGCAAGGGUCUGACGGGCCUAGAAGGUUCACGAUCGAGAAGGCCGGUGAGUCCAACCAAUUGCCCAAGUCUCAUACCUGUUUCAACAGAGUGGAUUUGCCUCCAUACCUCAAUUACGAGGCUUUGAAGCAGAAGUUGACCUUGGCAGUGGAGGAAACCGUUGGAUUUGGCCAGGAAUAGUUGCGUUGUGGUUAUAUAAUAUUGUUAUACUUGUUUAGAUAUGAUAAAGUUUCUAGGAAGGAA